UUUGAGAAGAUUGUGACAAAAGCGCAGAGAACGUGACAUGAGCCCCUCACCCAGCCACAGUUUGGGGGUUGUGAGAACAAAACAGUAAAUGACACAGCUAGAGGCAGGCUGAGGUUUCCUGUGUCAGCUCCACAUGACAUAUAUAGAGGUUCUGGACCUGCCAUUCUGUACCUGUCUCCUGCCUGGCCACAGCUACUGCUUUGUCUCAUCAGGACAGUGGUGGGAGAUGCUGCUGCUCCUUCUGCUCACAAAUGCUUUUGUCCUUCUGCCCUGGGCUGGGGCUGGAAGGAUCAUUGGUGGACAAAAAGUUAAGGCCCACUCCAGACCCUACAUGGCUUUUUUAGACGUUCAAAAUAAGACAAAUAGUAGGAAGUGUGGAGGGUUCCUGAUUCGCCCAGACGCAGUGCUCUCAGCAGCUCACUGUAUGGAUAUAAAAAACAUAGUGAGCGUCACUGUGAUUCUGGGAGCCCACAACAUAAUGAGGAAAGAAGAGAGCCAGCAGAAGAUCCGUGUGGGACAAUGGGUCAUCCAUCCUAAAUAUUCCCAUGUUGGCUUCAAAAAUGACAUUGUGCUGCUGAAGCUGGAGGAAAAUGCUGAGAUCAAUGAGAAUGUGCAAUGUAUCUCCAUUGCCAAGAAAAAUGAACGUGUGAGAGCAGGAACUAAAUGUAAAGUGUCUGGCUGGGGCCAGACAUCUGUGACAGGGCAGAUGAGUGAUGUGAUGAUGGAAGUGAAAUUGAAGGUGCAAAAGGAGAAAAUCUGUGAGCAGAUUUUCCCUAACUACCAGAGUCAGUCUAUGAUCUGUGUUGGUGAUGAAACCCAUAAAAAAGCAGCUUACAAGGGUGAUUCUGGUGGCCCAUUAGUCUGCAAUAAGAAGGCUCAUGGCAUUGUUUCUCAUGGAUGUCCGUGCAACCUCUCCCCUGAGGUAUUCACCAGGACCUCGUAUUUUGAGCCCUGGAUCCGUAAGGAGCUGCAGAAGUUUUCACUCCAAGAUAUUCCUGGCUCUCCAUUCUCUGACUAAAAUGCUCAGUGCCCCCUCUCCACAAUGCAUCCAACACCUGCUGGUGCUCAGGAGCUCCCAGGGGCAGCUGAAGUGGAGCCAGAGAAGCCCCUGUGGUGCAGGCACAGCUUUGGCACUGAGUCUCCGUGGCAAGCUACAAAUGCAGCUCCCAAGUACACCCAGCUUCCCAUUGCUCCCUUCCUCCCACUGCUGCUCCAGCUCUGCUUCUGGCCAUCAAUAAAAGCAUGUUCAAACUCA